GCUGGCCCGGUGUCACGAAUGGCUCCCCGGGCGGUCUGGCUCCUGGUCGCGCUGUCCGCUGUCCUGAAACUGCGCGCCUGCUGGGCUUAUACCUGUCCGGCCAUCUGCCGCUGCAGCGCCGACACGUUUCAGUGCAACAGAGACACUCAGCUGGCCUCCAGGACCGCAGCAACAUCUGUGCUGCGACUAAGGUUCACCCAGCUGCCCUUGAAACAAGUUCCCACUCAUGCCUUCAAGGAGCUGAUCAACAUUACCAUAAUAGAGAUCUCCCAGAGUGACUGCAUCACACAUAUUCAGAAACACGCAUUUUUCUCCCUCCACAAUCUGGCGCAGAUCUCAGUGCAGAAUAUCAACAGUCUGAGGGUCAUUGAAAGGGGAGCCUUCACAGAUCUGCCCAGGUUGGAAUAUUUGAGCAUCUCAAACACAGGCCUAUCACACUUCCCAGACUUGACAACCAUAUCCACCCUGGCAUCAGAUAUCAUCCUAGAAAUGGCAGACAACAUGAGGAUCGACAUCAUUCCUGCCAAUUCCUUCCAGGGCAUCACAAAGGAGUACGUUGACAUGAACCUGGUUAGGAAUGGCUUCAAGGAAAUAAAAUCUCAUGCCUUCAACGGGACCAAGCUCAACAAUCUAAUAUUGAGGGACAACAGGAACCUCCGUCAUAUUCAGGAAGAUGCUUUUGAAGGAGCCACAGGUCCAAGCUAUUUGGAUGUUUCGUCCACGGCUCUCACUUCCCUGCCAAGCAAAGGCCUGAGUCAAGUACUGUCUCUGAAAGCCACCUCAGUGUUCACCCUGAAAAGCCUCCCGCCGUUAGAUGGCCUCGCCGAGCUGCUGGAGGCCGAGCUCACUUACCCGAGCCACUGCUGUGCUUUCCACACGUGGCACAGGAAGCAAAGGGAAAGUGCUUCAAGGAACUUUACCAAGUUGUGUGAUCUCAGCAACUCAGAAAUGGAGCCCACAGAUGACGGCAUGAAUCUCGUCUUCGACAUAAGCUUCCAAUACCCGGACCUUGAGUUUGGAUGCCAUAGCAGACCAUUCGUAAUGUGUACGCCAAUGCCAGAUGAGUUCAACCCAUGUGAGGACCUGCUGGGCUUCCCAUUCCUGCGCUGCCUCACCUGGAUCAUCACGGUCUUUGCUGUGGCCGGUAACCUGGCCGUCUUGGUCAUCCUCCUCAUCAGCCGCCACAAGCUGACCAUCUCGAGAUUCCUCAUGUGCAACCUGGCCUUUGCCGACCUGUGCAUGGGGCUCUACCUGAUGCUGAUUGCCUUCAUUGAUUUCAACUCCCGCCACGAGUACUACAACCACGCCACCAGCUGGCAGACAGGACCCGGCUGCAGCACGGCCGGGUUCCUGACCGUAUUCGCCAGUGAGUUGUCCGUCUACACGCUGACUGUCAUCAGCCUGGAGCGCUGGCACACCAUAACCAACGCCAUGCACGUAAACAGGAGGCUGCGGCUGCAACAUGUGGCGGCCAUGAUGGCGGCCGGAUGGGGAUUCUCCCUGCUUGUCGCUCUGCUUCCUCUGGUGGGAGUGAGCAGCUACAGCAAGGUGAGCAUCUGCUUGCCCAUGGACAUCGACACGACAGGCUCUCAGAUUUACAUCAUGGCCGUUCUCAUCCUCAACGUGGUCGCGUUCCUGGUCGUCUGCUUCUGCUACGUAUGCAUCUAUCUCAGUGUCCACAACCCGGAGCAUGCCACCCGCCACGGCGACACCAAGAUCGCCAAGCGCAUGGCCGUGCUCAUAUUCACAGACUUCAUGUGCAUGGCACCAAUCUCCUUCUUUGCCAUCUCGGCCGCGCUGCGCAUGCCCCUCAUAACCGUGUCCCACUCCAAAAUCCUGCUGAUUCUCUUUUACCCCAUCAACUCCCUCUGCAACCCCUUCCUGUACACCAUCUUCACUCGCGCCUUCAGGAGGGACGUGUGCCGGCUGCUAAGCCGCUGCGGCUGCUGCGAUGCCAACUCCGAUUUCUACAGAUCACAGACUGUGGCGUCGCAGCACACCUGCAUCAACAAAGUGGCCGACAGAAAACCUCACUCACUGAGCUUUUAUGCCUAUCACAUUAAGAUGAAGGGCUGCUUUCUAAGUAAGGGAGCGACAUGACUGUCAGCGUGCGGGCUGGGAACUCAGAGGCAACAUCUGCUCGCUGAAGAUGCCGCGUUUGAGAAUUAAGGUGAAGGUGGAGAGACUGCUGCCGUCACACAUUGCAAAUAUCUGAGAAUCUCAUCGGGUUUAUUUUGCAAACAGAAAAUGUUCAUUUGAACCGAGGAGGUUUGAAGGUAAGGAAAGUGCAUCCUCUCUUCUGUACAGAUAGCAGAUAGGUGGAGAACAAAAGAUAAGCUUGUUGAAAAAAUGUAAAGCAUCACUGUUUGGUUGUACUCUACACUAUUGCUCAA